CCAAACUCAAUUUCUAAAACAAAAAAAUAAAGGAAAAAAAUCAACUUCAAGAAUUCAACUACUACAAAUAAUUCAGGCGGCGAAAUGUUAUGGGAUUUGAUUUGAUGAAUUGAGAGGGCGGUCAGGGUGAGUCGAUUUGUGGAAAUAAUUGAAACGCGUGGAAGUAGGUGACUGGUGGGUAGGCGGCGACCGCGGAGGAGGAGGUGGAGCUGAAGUGAACGAAGAUGCCGGAGGAGGAUUUGGUGGAUGUAAAAUUCAGGCUUUAUGAUGGGUCGGAUAUCGGUCCGUUUCGGUACUCCGCCACGUCCACGGUGGAUAUGCUUAAGCAAAGAAUUGUCUCUGAUUGGCCCAAAGGUAAGACAAUUGUUCCAAAGGCAGUGAAUGAAGUCAAACUGAUAAGCUCUGGUAAAAUUUUGGAGAACGACAAGACUGUUGGUCAAUGUAAAGUACCCUUUGGUGAUGCUGCAGGAGGGGUUAUCAUAAUGCAUGUUGUAGUACAGCCAUCACUUGCAAAAACUAAAACAGAAAAGAAGGUUGAUGAUUCACCCAGAAAGAUUGUAUGCUCCUGUUCCAUUUUAUGAAACCAAACAUGUAGAGUUGGAAAUUCGUUUAUGCUGGUAACGAUGAUUAGGAACGUUAAACAUCGUUUUUGAGUAUCCGGGGUGUUUUAGUUGCAAAGUCUAUGUUUCCAAGUUCUUAACAGAGUGAUGAAGAUGUGCAUUUUUCUUUACUUUCGGUUACAUUUAUGAUUGUUUCCAAAUACUAGCAUGAAUCAUUUGUAAAGUUGUAUAGGCUACUCCAUGUAAACACAAUUUGCACAACAAAUUGCAAGGAGAAAUGCCUUUGUAUAAAUGCUUUCAGUUACUAACAGUUUGUUUAAAUGCUGCCUCUUACUAUC